AUGAGUAGUCCGGAACUGGUCACUUUGAAUUUGGGAGGGAAGAUAUUCACGACAAGGUUUUCUACGAUAAAGCAGUUUCCUGCUUCUCGGUUGGCAUGCAUGUUAGAUGGCAGAGACCAAGAAUUCAAGAUGGUUGGUGACCAGAUUUUUGUAGACAGAGAUGGUGAUUUAUUUAGUUUCAUCUUAGAUUUUUUGAGAACUCAGCAGCUUUUAUUACCCACUGACUUUUCAGACUAUCUUAGGCUUCAGAGAGAGGCUCUUUUCUAUGAACUUCGUUCUCUAGUUGAUCUCUUAAACCCAUACCUGCUACAGCCAAGACCUGCUCUUGUGGAAGUGCAUUUCCUAAGCCGGAACACUCAAGCUUUUUUCAGGGUGGUGUUUGGCUCUUGCAGCAAAACAAUUGAGAUGUUAACUGGGAGGAUUACAGUGUUUACAGAACAACCUUCAGCGCCGACCUGUAAUAGUAACUCUUUCCCUCCUCAGAUGACCUUACUUCCACUGCCUCCACAAAGACCUUCUUACCAUGACCUGGUUUUCCAGUGUGGUUCUGACAGCACUACUGAUAACCAAACUGGAGUCAGGUAUGUUUCUAUAAAACUUGAUAACUGAAAAUUGGCCCACAGAACAAAUGUCCUCAGCUCUGACACUUUAUUAAAGAAAGGCUUUCAUUUGGUCAGCACUAGAACAGUAUCCUCUGAAGACAAAACUGAAUGCUAUAGCUUUGAAAGGAUAAAAAGCCCUGAAGUGCUCAUCAUGAAUGAAACACCAAAACCAGAGACUAUCAUCAUACCAGAGCAAUCUCAGAUAAAGAAAUGAAGUUGUCUAUUCUCUUUUAAAGAGAAAUUGCCAUUUUUCUUGUUUAAUUACAUAUUUAGGGCAUACAUGUUAGCCAAAUCUAUACUCAGCCUAACUCUUGGCUUCAUCUGCUGCCAUACCAUCUCUGGGCAACCAGGCGCCAACUGUGCUUAAGCCAUAAUGCUUGCUGCUCUCUAGACAACUCCAUGUACUUGGUGCUUUGGUAUAUGUUCUACCUUCAAUACAUCUUUUCCUUUCUCUUCUUCAUGAAUGCUUAUGAGCUGAGAUUGCGCCACUGCACACUAGCUUGG